AUGUUGGCAGCUACAUCAACUCCCCGAAUUGACGCCAGAAAGCGUGCAUCAAUAAAUCCCCGCAGGCAACAAUUCAGCAACGCCAAAUGGCAGGACGAGAGUUACCCUACGAGACUAAACUGUUAUCUCAUACCACCAACAGGCGAUGUAUCCCUCGAGCAGUUUGAAGAAUGGGGCAUUGCACGGCUCAAGGUUCUUUCCGAACUUGAAGCGUGUCAAUUCCGGAACAAGACACCUACGGAGACGGAGGAGUACAUGCGACCUCUCCUGAACAAACACCUACCACUGUCCAGCAAUAGUUCGAGGAAUACGGAAAUACCAUUGGAGCGAAAGCGCGAUCAUUACAGUCAUUGGACGCUCCGCCUUGCGUUCUCAAGCACGCAAGAUCUCAGACAACGAUUCGCCAGAUUGGAGACACAACUAUUCAAGCUGCGAAUGCAACAGGAUGAUACUAGGGAGAGGAGAGCGUUCAUUGAUGCACUACCCAUGUCGUGGGAGACGGUAGAUGAACAGGAGAAAGCAUCAAUGCUCGCCGACCUCAAAGCAGCGACAGGCUGCCAGAAGAGCGACGAAGAAAACUGGUUCAAAGUGGAGUGGGAGAACGUUCCGGAGCUGGUUGAGCGACGGCAGGUGCUACUCAGGAAUGGAAUGGCAUACGUCCAUGUCCGAGAGCAGAGCAGUAUGGUCGCAAACGAGUUUUCGCGACAGCUCGAGGCCGGACUGGAGCAAGCCGCGCGAUUUCUACCGCGCAUGGACGAGGAUACCCGCCUUGCGCCCAUCUUACACCACUUGUCGCAAUCGUUCGUCGCUCCAGACGCAGCAUAUGCCGAAAGCUCCAGCAUCACAGAUUUGGCCAGUUUCACAGCUGCAUCUGUGGAAUCAGAGAGCCAACACUUCCCGCUGUGCAUGCAGAAUUUACAACGAGAGCUGCGCAAAAACAGUCAUUUGAAGCACUUUGCACGCUUGCAAUACACAUUGUUCUUGAAAGGAAUCGGCCUGAACAUGAACGAAUGUAUCACAUUUUGGAGGAAGAGUUUCAAGCUGAUAACGGAUGAUAAAUUCAAAUCGGAGUAUCUCUACAACAUACGCCACGCUUACGGAGAUGUCGGCGGCGACGCGAACCGACGCGGUCAAGGCUAUACUCCAUACAGCUGUCAAAAGCUGUUAUCGGAGGCUUUGCCUGCAGCUGGGCAGAAUCACGGCUGCCCUUAUCGAACGUACAACCCUGACAAUCUGAUCACACUUCUGCAAAGCGUGGGCGUCAGCGAUAAGGAUUUACUUCGCACCGUUCGCGAAGACGUUGGCAAGCAGAGAUAUCACAUUGCGUGCAAUCGCGUCUUCGAGUCCGCUCACAAGAGCGAGCUAAAAAAGGUCAAGGACGAAUCCUUGUGGCCGGCGAGCCAAUUGGACACGAUUCUGCAUCCGAACGAUUACUUCAAACGCAGUUUCUUGCUCAGAAACCUUGAUAAGAUACAAAACGGCGACAUCGGAGUCGUCAGUCCGGCCAGCCGACCGAGUCAGUGA